UUUAGAGUAAUUACGGUUAGCGCAGCAGCAAACUGUCCCUCUCGCAACACACACACUCCACACUCGUUCACUCGCACAGCCCUAGUGAUUCAACCCUGAUUUCCAGCGAACGAGCAAGCAACAGACGGGAUGCCAAAAAGUGAGGACCGGUGGAGAGCUUGUUCGCGCUGAAGAAGCCUCUCGAAGAGAUAGCGAGGGGAAGCAGACGCAACAAAACAAGACGAGAAGCUGCGCGCUUUCUCCGCGGCAACUUGCGCACAGUGCCAGAGUUUUAGCGGCAGUAUUGUUCUGACUUCACUCCAGAGGGGCCACUCCGAGGAGAGAGGACGCACACAAAAGGGAAAAGGAAAGGACUAACGAGCACGCUUUGUCGUUUAAAGUAAUGGUCCUGCGGUCUUAGAUCCUAGAUUUCUCUGUCUCUCUCUCCCCUCUCUGUUCCUUUCCAUUUUUCUUUUUUUGAGAUUUUUUUCGUCGGUUUGUGUCCCCCUUUGUCGCCGCGAGAGAGUGGACGCAUCGGGGGCUCGAGGAGCAGAAGCGGGGCUGUCCACAUGGUCCAACCACUGGCGUGAAAGUUGACUUCUUCAGAAAACAAGAGAACAGGUGCCAGUGAUGAUGGUGGAAUCAGCCUCUGAGACCAUUCGAACGGCACCGUCCAACCAAAACGGAGUCAGCAGCCAAUCAGAUGGAGGGGGAGGUAGAGAGGGCGGAUCUAACGGAGACACCAAUGGAGAGAUCAGUGCAGUCGACCUACUGCACCUGCAACAGCAACAGGCGCUCCAGGCAGCCAGACAGUUCCUCCUCCAGCAGGCCUCUGGACUCAACUCCCCUGGCAACGAGAUCAAACAGAGCGCCCUGCAGGUGCCUGUCUCCAUGGCUAUGAUGAGUCCACAGAUGAUCACUCCUCAGCAGAUGCAACAGAUCCUGUCUCCCCCUCAGCUCCAGGCCCUGCUGCAGCAACAGCAGGCUCUAAUGCUACAGCAGUUACAGGAGUACUACAAGAAGCAGCAGGAGCAGUUGCAUCUCCAGCUUCUGACUCAGCAGCAACAACAGCAGCAACAGCAGCAGCAGCAACAACAGCAGCAACAGCAGCAGCAGGCCGGGAAGCAAGCAGCAAAAGAGCAGCUAGGCAGUAAGCAGUUGGCCUUCCAGCAGCAGCUGAUCCAGAUGCAGCAGCUUCAGCAGCAGCACAUCCUCAACCUCCAGAGACAAGGCCUGGUACCACUGCAGCCCACCGCCGCCAUGCAGUCUCUGCAGCAAGCGAUGUGUCCGUCAGACCUCCAACAGCUGUGGAAGGAGGUGUCGGGGGUGCAGAGCAGUGAGGAGGCCCUGAAACAUGCCGAGGGCCUGGACUUGAGCACCAACAGCUCUAACUCUACCUCAGCCUUCCCCAAAGCUGCCAGUGCUCACAUCCCACUGCACAGCCUGGUCAACGGACAGAACCACACCCCAAAGAGAGACAGAGCCCGACUGUUUGAGUGGAUAUCCUCCUUCACCAAGGCAGACAUUGGAGAUGAACAUGUCCCCCUUUACUCCAAAAGUGGCCACACCCCCAGCAGCCAUCAUGAGGAGCAUGCCGGCUCCCAUCCUCUCUACGGCCAUGGAGAGUGUAAAUGGCCUGGCUGUGAAGCACUGUGUGAGGACAUGGGACAGUUUAUCAAGCACUUGAACAAUGAGCACGCCCUCGAUGACCGCAGCACUGCUCAGUGCCGAGUCCAGAUGCAGGUGGUCCAGCAACUGGAAAUACAGCUGUCAAAAGAGAGUGAGCGACUUCAGGCCAUGAUGACCCACCUGCACAUGCGCCCCUCAGAGCCAAAGCCUUUUAACCAACCUAUGGCGCUUCUCUGUAAACAGCAGCCCAGCAGAUUGUGGAACCUUAACCUGAACCUGGCUUCCGGUGGCUCUCUGUUAAAGCGGGAAAGCGAUAUGUACCCAGAGGGUCUUGCUCACCCCCCCACCUCAGCUGCCUCCCCAAUCACCCCAAUGCGCCAGGGCCCCUCAGUCAUCAGCUCCUCCAGCCUGCACUCACACUCCCACUCCCACUCGCACGGGGUCGGGCCCAUACGCAGGCGCAACUCCGACAAGUACUGCACCCCCAUCGCCUCAGAGCUGGCUCAGAACUGUGAGUUCUACAAGAACGCUGAUGUCAGGCCUCCUUUUACUUACGCCUCUCUUAUACGCCAUGCCAUACUGGAGUCCCCAGACAGACAGUUGACUCUCAAUGAGAUCUACAACUGGUUUACACGGAAGUUUGCCUAUUUCAGGAGAAACACAGCCACAUGGAAGAAUGCUGUGCGCCACAACCUGAGUCUGCACAAAUGUUUUGUUCGCGUUGAGAACGUGAAGGGGGCUGUGUGGACUGUGGAUGAAGUUGAAUACCAAAAGAGGAGACCACCAAAGAUGACCGGAAGUCCCACUCUGGUGAAAAACAUGAUUUCAGGCCUCGGCUUUGGAUCCCUAAACGCCAGCUACCAGGCGGCUAUGGCAGAGGGCAGUCUGUCCCUGCUGAGCCCCUCCAUGAUGUCCCCCUCUGCGGCCAGCCUCAACAUGCUGCAUGUGGGCCACGAUGAUGUCAGCUCCACCGUGGAGCAGGUCAACAGCAACGGCAGCUGCAGCCCCACGCUCAGCCCUCACCAGUACAGCCACCAUGUGCAUGUGAAGGAGGAGCCCACCGAUCUGGAGGAGGACAUCCGGUCAGUAUCUCUCCUGUCCGGCGCCACACACAGCCUGCCGUUGCCGAGCGACGAGCGCGACCUGGAGGAGGAUCUUCCCACAGAGGAGCUGGAGUAGAACAGAUGCCCAUUGGACCGGAGGGAAAUCACUCCCUGAACCCUCUUGUCAGCGUGAAGAGGAAACGAUAGCUACAGUACACUUAAGAGAGAAAAAAGAGAAUGUUUUUUUUUGUUUUUGAGAAAAUGCAAGCAACCAAGGACAACAUUGAGAAAAACUCCAAACAGGGUUAGAUCUCCGUUACUCGUAAGGCGCUAAAACAAGACAGUGGAACACUGCUUUAGCUCCAUGUGUUUCUUUUACAACACUUGGCUCAGAGGUGUAACACCACUUACCGCAUAUACACAACACAAAAAACACUUACACACACACACACACACAAUCACUUGUCAAACCUUGUGUCAUCAUCCUCCCUGGUCAGCCUCUGUGUAGAGACCCUCAGAGGUUUGGACACACACUCUUCUCCUUGCCCGACCACUCUGCAAACCCCCCCCCACUCGCUGUUGUCCCAGGCUGCCUGGCUAGCUGUUUUAUUUUUACGUCAGUUGAGAAGCCACACAGGUGUGCGAGUAUGUGUGUGAGUGUGUGUGUGUUUGACAGAGAUAGACACACACAGGAUCAUGUGUAUAUAUAUAUGUGGAGCAGUCACCAGGGGCUGUGCAGUACACCUCUCCUUUUUCCCCCUCCUUGAGUCAAUCACUUGCAUUUUCAUUUUUUUUUUUAUUUGAUUGAAAUGAAACUGUCGGGCUUCAAGAUGGGAAGGGAGGAGGAGCGCUUUCAAAGAUUACCUCCAACAGUGCUCCGACACUUCUGCAGAGCAGGCGAGGCUGUGGCCCGGGUCUCUGUCUAAACUUCUGCCCCCCCCCCCCCCCCGAACAUCUUUUUAACUCUUUGCUUCUAAUUGAGUAAAAAGAAAAUGUCCUUACCCCACCUCAAUCCCUUCCCAUCCCUACCCCAAAAAGACUGCAGGAAUAGGACCAUUUGGUGCUGUCCUUCUCCUCCGCUCCGUCUGCAGAUGGAGCGAUGAGCUCGGAACACUUUGAGAAUGAGAAGAAAGGAGGGGAACAGAGAAAAAUGAGGGAGGAAGCGUCUACAGAAAAAUUGUGACUUAAAAAGAAAACUGUUCAUGAUUAUGGAGUAUAACAAGAAAAAAAAGUGUGGUAGCUUUUGUCAUUUCCUUUUUUUAUUUGAUGUUAUUAUCAUUGUUUAUUUUUGAGGAUCAAUAUUUCCAUGGUGGCGUUCUGUUUCAACGUACCUUUUCUUAGGAUGCUGUUUUUGUUUUUGUAUUGUAAAUUGUUUGAUUUAUUCUGGCUGUUCACACCAUUCCAAAUGAGUAUUGGCAACAACAAAAAAAGAAAGCGCAGUAUUGUCCCAACUUGUGAUACCCGACCCCCACUCCUGCCCCUCUCCCUUUCUGUCCCAAGUGUAGCAGGCAAGAAAUAUGGAAAUAGCACUUAAAGUUGCCAUUAUCCAGACAUUAUUUAACAGCUGAACCUUUUUUUUAUUUUUUAUUCUCUCUUUCAUUUGUUUUUGGUUGUGUAUUUAGUUGAGAAAUAUCAGUAAUGCUUUAAAAAAAUAUAUAUUAUUACUGCAGUGAGAGAAUACCUCAUCCCACAAAGGUUCUGCCUGGAACUGUGUCCAAAUUGAUAAACAAAAAAGGGGGGAUUCUUUCUGUGGGACACCAAAUGCGGCAACUCUGCUCAGCUUCGAUUCAAAGCUCUAUGGUUGUAAUAGUUACUGUGUAGAAGCUAUCUGCAAUUCACUGUGUGAGUUUGUGUUAAAGGAAUAGCACGUGAGAUUUUUUGUUUUUGUUUUCCGUGAGCAUAAAAAGCAUUACUUUUCUCUACAGUGCCAGACCAAAUUUAACAUUUAUUUUAAACUAUUAUCUGCUUAUUCCCAUUUUAUUUUUGUUACAGGUAACCAAAGAAAUAUGUAGAAAACCAAAAACCCUGUAGUUUAUUUUGCCCUUAUGAGUUUCCUUUUUUUUUCUUCUUAAAGAAUUGGCCAAAAGACAACAAACCAGGAGUUUGAAUUCUUAUUAUUGUAUUCAUAUAAAUAUUGUGUUGACAUUUUACAUAAUUUACAGUGCUGACCAUUCCGAAAACCAAAGUGUGUGAAGCAAACUAGGACUCGGAGACAUCAAAGCUUUUACAUGAUAAACGGAUACGAAUGACUCACAUUAGGUAUGAGGCCAAAAACUAGUAUUAACAAACCUCGCACAGUUCCUCUGAAAAAACUAAAAGAAAGAGAAAAGAAAAAAGCACUUAGAGGUGAAACCCUGUCUCUCCCACUCUCAGGCUAAACUGUGUUCCAAACACAACCCGACUGGCCCUACUGCUGUAAGAGCAGGCCUAAAAAUUAGGCACUCGUGAGGCAUUUAAACACUUUCCGCUUAACAGGAUACUUUUUCUGGUGCUGUCCUAACAAACAUUUGGAGUUUUUCAAUCUAGGGAACAAACAUAACCCUGUUGAUCUGUAUGUAAUAUUUGCAGAAAGGGGAAGUGUACUGGACACAAGUCACAUCUUUGAAGGAGUUAUUCCAAAAACAUACAUUAUUUAAUAAAGAGGGAACAAGUAAAAAAAACAUACCAAUGUAAGAGGAAAACAACCAAGGGACAUCAUGUAAUUGAAAGUUGGGUUCAUAUUUUCUUACUUUUUGUCAAACUAUCUCUUGCACUUCAGACGAUUUUCUCUUAUUUAAUGAAAGAACCUUUCUGAUGACUUUGUGUUCAAACAGGACUGUUUCCUGUCACAUUAGAGACUGAUUUCUAACAAAGUACAAAGUGGCAGACAGACAUCUUGAAACGAGAUAAAAAACCAAAAAUAACACUACCUCCUUUUCAAAACGGUUCAACACAUAGCCAAUGGGAGACCGAACUAAAAUAUUUUUUUCCUCCAUUCUUACUCGAUGAUUAUAACAAAUGCCAAAAUUGUUGUUACACAUUACUGUAUGACUGACAAGAGAAAAAAAAGCUAUUUGGCGAUCUGGACUCCCUAACACAUCUGCUCGAGCCCAAAAACACAGAGACGUUUCACUUUCCAUGGAAUUAAAAAAUGACUACCUCUCCUUAAACCACAUCUAAAGCACUCUCUACGCCUCUAAGUGUGUUGUGAAGUGCUCGAUAUAUGAAACUGUUUUUUAUCAGCUGACCAUAUUCCUGCAUCGAUUAGCUCUGAUCUAAGUGAACAGCCUCUCACUGUGUGCUCUGACUGAACAUGUGCAUAUUCAUGAACAGAAAACGGUUGUUAAAACACACACAGGAGUAACAGAGGCUUAGAAGCGGGGCUGUGGGUUAGUGCAAACAGAGGCUCUAACCAUCCAGAUAUCCAAAGACCCUCAACACAGCGGCAGCCGCUUCGCCAAAACACUCACAGAGAUGCUGAGAGGACUAACACACACUUAAAGAAACUCAUCACUACUACUAGUAAUAUCCAAACCCAGAGGAACUGCUGCAUACAGUACAUAGAUGAUCUCUGACUUGUGCUUUAAGGUACACCUGUAAACAAAGCUGUUUUAUAAAGAUGUAGAUUGUUCACAGGUCGUCAUGUAACACUUCUGUUCUUUCUCCAGCUUGGCAUAACAUGAUGUAUUCUUGUAUAUUAAUGCUUGACUUAUCUCUCCAGGGCAUUCUUUCCCGUUUUGUCCUUUUGAUUUUUCUGAUCUCCUGUUUUUAUUUUCCGCACCUGUUUAGCUAUUGUAAAGCUUUCAGCUCUGAUUCCUAUACUGUACUGCUAAUGCUGAAGUAUAUGUAUUUAUCAUAUUAAGUGCUGCAGGUAUCUUGGUUUAUUAGUUUUCGUUUUGUUUGUUUCCAUUUUUUCAGUUCUUCAUAAAACGUCUGGGACGCUGAUUUUUUUAAGUGUAUUAUCUCAAAAAAAAAUUAAAAGAAUAAAAGUUAGAUCAGUGGUUUAGGUAACACCUGUUUGUAUAUUUAUCUUAGCUAGGUCUAUUUUGAUACUUUUUUGUCUCUGUACUGCAUUUAUGCAUUUUUAAGGAAAGAAAAACAAAACAAAUGGAAAACAAACUAAAAAGUUACUUCAUUAUGUAUUGAUACCUCAGAAGGACUUUUUCUCAAAGACAGGACCAAAACCUCUGAAAAGAAAAAGAGAAAGUGGAAAAAAUGUAUGAAUAUGUAGCCCCUCUCUUGCUUUAAAAAAAAAUUGCGGAGCUCUAGAAAGAUAUUGCUGUUGGUCCUCUCAGGUGCCAAUAUGUGUCCCAGCUCCCUGUGACCCCUCCCUCUGACUCCUGACCCCUGUCAUUCCUGUGCUGAACUCCGACCCGCAGAGCUGCCAAUCAUCUGCAGGCGCCAUGGGGGUGUCACUGAGUCACACACCUGGCUGGUGGUGACCAGUCACAGACCCCAUCUCCCAGUCCCAGAAGCAGAUCAAAGCCCGACACUGUUGCAUUUUUGAUACUCCUCCUCAUGUGUAGUCUCAAUACCAAAAUGUGGAAUGGCUCUCAGAGAUGCAGCUCACCCUCUGACUACCAAAGGCAUUGAAGGCAACCAUUUGCUUAGUCCAAACUCCUGAACUGUAACCAAACUGUAACCAAACCAAUGCCACAACUUUAACCAAACAAAAACCAAGCUACUUCCAAAAGUCUCCAUGGACUUCACUGAUAGCUGUUAUCUCGUACAUCCACGUAAAGGUGUUGUAGGAGCGGCCUGCAUCCUAUUGGCUGGUGACUGACUCAAAGGACACGGGGAGCCCAAAUCCUGACUUGUGAUUGGACAGUUCUGAGGUGUCAUGUGAGGGGGAAAGGGACUCUCAAAGUGGAGCAUUGCCUGGCGGUAUUAUCACGUAGAUAGCCAGAAUCCGAUGGAACUACCACUUCAGCUCUCCUCUGGUUAAACCUAAGGAAUGUGUGUACAUUUUCAGCAGUGACUCUGUAUUGUUUCUUAGUUUCAGUUUACCUGUUUACCUCUCUUUUUCCUUUGGUUUUUGUUCUGUUUCUUGUUAUUUGAAAGUGUGACCCGAGGAAGAGGUGGGGACAGGGACUGGGCGGCAGCUUUAGACAGAAAGUGGAGCCCAGCCCUCUGACCCUCCCCCCGGGCAGCCAUGUAAUGCCAGUCACUGCCCUUUCCUUCAUGCUGUAUAAAAAAACACACACAUAUAUCUGUGUAUUUGUAACCUGAAUCUUCUUGUGUCUGUCCAUGCAGACAAUAAAAAAACUGUACAGUAGGUCUAGUUGCAUGUAAUCUGUACUAAUUAUUGACAAUGGCAUUAUAAAAUGCAAUAAAAUACUUAUUACACUGUC